AUGAGUUUUCUAUUGAAAUUACUAGAUAAAGCUCAAGAGAUCAAAUGUGAAAGGGUUGAGCUUCUGAAGGAAAUCAAUGCUAAGCGCGCUUCUACGUCUGCGGACGACAUGGUACCAGUAGUCAGUCAGUUCAAGCUUUGUAGCGAUGAUAACAUCAUAAAAGAGAAAGUGAAAGAGGUUUGCGAUCCAAUCAAAGAAGAAGUGGACAAAAGUCUCAAAAAGCAGACUAUGCUCAUGAAUGAUGUAGAGAAGUGGACUACAAGAUUUCCUGCCCAUACGAGUUCGAAAAGCCCCAUAGGUAAGACUCACAUAGAAAAAUCCUUGGCAAAUGGCUAUGAAGUGUUCCGCGAACUCAACAGUAAGCUCCCCAAAAGAGUCAAGCACUGUCACAAUCUACUUGACAGCCUCCUUCGGCUACAAGAAAAAGUCAAUGAUUUUUAUUUUGCACGAGAAACUGAAAAAGACGAACUGCUGCGGGCGUAUCAGCAGAAUGUUAAUUCAGCUUCCACCUCUGAGAGCACUUCCUUUACUCCGAAUGUUCUUCCAACAGCACAAGUUUCGUUUGUACCUUUGACUGUACCUCCAUACAACACAGAAGGAUAUAUUAACGCCCCACAACCAAAUCUGCUGCCUGCACCUCUUCCCACACCUUUGUACUCGACACCGUCCGCAGUACCACCACCCCCACAAGCAGCAUUCUACCAACAGCCCAACUACGGUACACAACAGACGCAAGCAAUGUUUGAUGAGCAGUUUCAAUGCAGACCAAGCCAGAGCUCGUAUCAUGACCUCUCUUUCGAAUAUGUAGCCUAG